GAUCGCGAGUUAGUUCAUCUCUCGAUUAGCUCAGGAGUGGAGCCGCGAUACUUCGGUCACGCGCUAUCAGCCGAGUUUAAAAGUUGACGAUCUUUUGUUUAUUUUCCGCGACCCGUUCGUCGUCGUCAGAUCCGAGGGUGGUGAUACUGGAUUUGCUGCAGUCUCCCUACGGAAAUACCCGGUCGCAAAAUGGUGGUCUCUCAAAGGCAAGGUGUUGAGCACUUAGUUCCUGCAGUGUCAGAUCUGGUGCUGAAAUACACUUGGAAGAUAAAGAAGUAUGGCAAAUCAUUCUCUUCGCAAGAAGGGUUUGACAGCCCCCCAUUCGAUCUUAAUGCAAAUGGAAUCAAGACACGGUGGAAUCUAGCCUUGCGAUACUGGAAAGACCCGACCGGAAAACGAGUGACAAAUCCAGUUGUCAUGUGCCUCAAUUUGCUGAGAUCAAGGGCGCCGGAGGAGGAACAAGCUAAAAUCAAGUUUCAAUUUGGAGUCUUCAAUUGCAAAACCAAUCAAUGGGAUUUCUGCAGUUCUAGUCGCAUCCUUUUUUACCUCCGAAAAGUGGACAAAGUACAAUCAAUAGGUUACCGAGAUCUGAAUAUUUUGGAUAAACAUUUAGAUGACUCUGGAGAUUUAUAUCUACAAGUGAAAAUGCAACUAGUGAGAAAUGAGACUGAGAGUGGCAGUAUUGCUCAAGACAUGGAACAACUGCUGAGAACUGGCGUUAAAAGCGAUAUUCGAAUCCGCUGCGGAAAUGAAGAAUGGCCGGGACACAGCGUGAUUAUAGCCGCUCGAUCUCCAAUUCUCUCCAAUCAAAUUCAAGACAACACCCUAGACCUCAGUUGGUUGACAGAAGAGGGCGCUCAACAACUACUACAAUACAUCUACACGGAUAAAGUGCAGUGCAAAGAGGACACAAUUCCUGCUUUACUGGAAGCAGCAGGUCUUUAUGAGUUGCAUGGGCUAAAAACACUGUGUGAGCGUGUCCUGAUUGAGGUUAUCAACCAAGAUAAUGCUAAUGUUUUACUAUCUAUAGCACAUGAUUUCAACUGUGAAACUCUACGAAAAGCCGUUCUGGCUUACUUUGAGGAAAAUGGGGACACUGUAGAUGACAGUGCAAUUUGGAGAAGGUCAGAGUACGUCUGUCCAGAGAUAUUUAAGUUGAUUAAAGAAGAUGGACUUGGAAGCUCAAUCUCUAGUAGUAUAGACAGCGAUGAUACAGACUGCAGUAAACACUCCAUAGGGCAAAAACACAACUCUAUAGACCGUACGGAGCAAAAAGUUGAAGAAGUUAAAGUUUAAAAUAUUUUUUUUAAAAUAAACAGCAUGUGAUUAUUAAUGUGUUUCUGAAAUAUUUUGCUCUCUCACUGAACCAUGUUUCCUUCUUUGAUUGUUUUCCUCCGAGAAACGUGGGGUUAUCUAAUUAAUUAAAACUUCACUAAAUCUAACACAAGUGACUUUCAGAGAAAUUCCUCAAAAAUACCAAGGAAUCGAUUGAAAUUCAAACCAUGACAAUUUUGGGUCCUUUUGUUCUUUGUAAUACCCUACAAACUUCCAAUGCCCAAUAAUAGUAAUGAUCACUGAAUGAUAAUCUGAAGAGAAAUUGUUGUGAUAAAAGAGUGCAAGUACCAUUUAAAACAUGAAGAUACAGAAUGUAAAAAAAAGCAAAAAAAAAAAAAAAAACACAUACAUUUCAACUAAUCUUUUGGGUUUUUUUUGUUCCAAAGAUACAGACUAUUAUUGUGCUAUUGGCAUGCUGCUGGUAUGUUCAAUUUGGAGUAAGCCAUCUGGGAAAUAGUUUUGUAAGGACUGAAUCAGUCACUUUGACUGGUUCUAAGAUCUGCUGAAUCCUUCAAAUAGUCUUUGGAAUGAAGGGUAGAGAGAGCUCAACUUUAAAAGUAUUUUUUCAAGCUACCGAGUGGAUUUAGACUUGGUGAGCAAGAUUAAUUGUCACUCCCCGAAAUUUCACACGGAACUAUAUAUUUUGAUCUCAAAAAUCAGCCAGCCAAAACUCAAUUGGGAAAAAUUCCAAACUUAAAAACUGGUUCUCAAAUUAAAAGUCCUCUAAAUUUUUAACGGCAGAACAAUAUUUGGAGUAAAACUCGAUAAAUUAAAGCUGAAAAGGCUGGUUUGAAGAUUUUAGAAUAGAAGAUGAGGCCUUUAAAAUGAACUUUAAGUGCCAUGUCCCCCCCCCCCCCCCUAUUGAUUGUACCUACAGGCUUUUGUCUACUUAAAUUAAUGUGUAUUAUUAUUGUAAAUAUAUACUUUCAAUUUUGUAAUUUAUUUGAUUGAUUAAAAGUUCCAUUUUGUAAAUGUUA